CUACGAACGAUACGAUUGAAAAAAAGGAGAUCUAUCUGUCUAAAACCAAGCACGAUUCUCGAAAGAAAUAUGGAAAAUUUGAAUAAUGGACACUAGCCUACUAAUUUAUGAAAUGAAAUAUUAGUGUCUAGAAUGGAUCACAUCAUUAAAGCUUAUAUUUUUCUCUGAUGUGGGCUGCUGGAAGCCAGUUGGUAAUGGAUCCAUAUCAAAUUUGUAAGAAGACGAGGAGGUUAAAAGGAAAGUUGGCUGAUAUCUGUAACAAUAAACCAGGUUUAUUGAAGCAGAUAGCAGUAGGCAUAGGUUUAGGUCAAAGUGAAUGUCAAUAUCAGUUUAGGUUUAGGAGGUGGAAUUGCACGUCAGCCAAAAAGAGUAUCAGAAAGGUUUUAAUGUCAGACACCAGGGAAACCGGCUUCGUCAACGCACUCAUUGCUGCGGGGGUGACAUACCAAAUAACAAGAGCUUGCACGACGGGAGACCUGAUUGGUUGCUCGUGCGACAGAAAGAUGAAGAGACACAAAAAACACAGGAAAAAACAGAAACACGAUCCCAUGCCCGAUGGAGAUUGGGAGUGGGAGGGAUGUGGGGGUGAGAAUGUUGAUUUUGGGGUGAAGAAGUGUAAAGACUAUCUGGAUACGAGGUAUCGGAGGAGGAGUGAUAUGAAGACCCUUGUGAAGUUGCACAAUUAUGCGGCUGGAAGAUUGGCUAUCAAGAACAACAUGCGUUUGGAGUGUAAAUGCCAUGGUCUUUCUGGCUCUUGCACCCUAAAAACCUGUUGGAGAAAACUGCCGAACUUCAGAGAAGUGGGCAACCGCCUCAAAGAACGUUUUGACGGUGCAGCUAAAGUUAUAGCUGGCAACGAUGGCCAGAGCUUUAUGCCAGAGGGCGAGACCAUCAAACCUCCAGGGAAGCUAGAUCUGGUCUAUUCUGAGGACUCUCCCAACUACUGUGAGGCCAAAAACUCAAUGGGAUCUUUCGGCACUCAAGGUAGAAUUUGUGACGAUAAGAGCUUGGGUGAAGAGGGUUGUGGUAUCUUGUGUUGUGGAAGAGGUUUCAGAAAGUACUAUAAAACAGAGAGGAAGAAUUGCAAGUGCAAGUUUGAAUGGUGCUGUGAAGUGAAAUGUCAGGUGUGCAAUGAGACUAGAGCUAUAAGUACUUGUUUGUGAUUUUGGAUAAUCCGGUUAGAGCCCAUAUCAGGAACUUUAGGUGAGAAAAUAUUACCUUUGGGGAAAUUAAAUGUGAUAAAAAUACACCAGUGAAAAUUUAAAAAAUAACUUAUCCAGCAACUCUAAUUGAAAACAUUUUGUACAUAAAACCAAACAAUUCCUCAAAGAUGAAAUGAAACAGAAUCUUGAAAAUCUCAGUUAAUGUUGCAAUAUCUUCGUCGAAUCUAUAAUUCAUGACAAGAAAUGUGAAUUUAAAUGUUUCAAUUCGAAAAGGAAAAUAAAAGCCAAAAGAAAAACAAACGAAAUGUCAUAACGUAAAAUUGAUUUGGAUUGAGUUUUUUCUAAAGAAAUUUGUAAAUUGUAAAAAAAUUGAAUAGUAUUAGAAUAAGACAAAUAAAGAAAUGUAAUUGCAUAACGUGUUGCUACAUUUGGGUACUCGAAUUUGUGAAAUUGUUUUAAGAUUGUAAAAAUCUCAUCUAGCUAUGAUUCUUAGAGAACAAACCUAUUUCAUGUAUUUUGGAAUAGAUAAAAUAGUUUGAAUAAUUAAUAGUUUUCAUCGUGCUUUUCCCCAGUAUCUACAAUUUCCCAUUGCUUAGCUCUGCAUCGCUUGAUAAAUUUUCAUUAUUUCAUCUAUUUCAAAGAUUUUCUGUGAACAUUCUCAUUUUUUUUUUCAGGAUAAUUCUUUUUUCCAUAAUCAUUUAAUACUCUUUUUGGCCCUUCUCAAUCACAUCGAUCUAUAUAUUGCGUUAUCUAAGUGAAAUGUAAAUAAAUCAUACUUAAUUGCGUUUUCAAUGCACCGUAUAAAAAAUUAUGAAAGUAAGCUUGUUGAGGUACAGCGAAUACUUUCUCACUUGUCUCGCUUCUAAUAUGCAUAAAGCCAUAUCUUGCCUUCAGUAUUUCUUAAUGUAAAUAGUCGAUAGAAAUAAAUGUGAUUGUGAUCAAAUUCAUUGUAUAUAAUUUUAUUGUUACCUUGAUUGUAUAAUAUACGAGCACAUCGUUAUUUCCAUUUGAAUUGCUUAUUGUAGAUAUGAAUUACUUGUACGAUCUAGACUGAAUAAACGAUUAGCGACAUA